ACCCACAUUUCUUAGUUUCCAAGACUGGUAUAGUAUUUUUUUUUUCAGUUUUCACCACUGUAUAUUCUUCCUUUCGCUACACUCUGUCUUCUGCCUUUAUUAAUGGCCCCAGCUCUGUAAUCGACUUCCAUGGCUUCCCCUGUGGUUUUUAUAAGGAGAUUCAGAUCUUUCGCCAUUUGAGAAAGUUUAAGGAAAUGGGUUUUUGUUUCUGGGUCUGUUUCUUCUUCUGUUUUGCGUCUGUGAGCUCGAAGGGCGUGGAGGAAGAUGAUGGGUGUGUGAGAGGGAGGGUUUUAAUCGAUGGCAAAUCCGCCAUUGCAGGUAUUGAUGAAGAUUUUGUGUGUGCUACUCUCGAUUGGUGGCCUCCUGAGAAAUGCGAUUAUGGAACCUGUAGCUGGGGCCGAGCUUCUCUGCUGAAUCUGGACCUGGACAACAACAUUCUAUUAAAUGCAGUCAAAGAAUUUAAACCCCUUAAGCUCAGAUUGGGCGGUAGUUUGCAAGAUAAGCUCAUAUAUGAUACUGAAGAUCACCAGCAACCCUGCAUUUCUUUUUCCAGAAACACCUCAGAGUUAUUUGGUUUCAGUCAAGGUUGCUUGCCCACUUAUAGAUGGGAUCAACUUAAUGACUUCUUCAAGAAGGGAGGAGCUAAGAUUAUCUUCGGGUUAAACGCUCUCACGGGACGAAGAAUUGCAUCAGAUGGGUCUGCCAUUGGAGCUUGGAACUAUACAAACGCUGAAUCUUUCAUUCGUUAUACUGUCAAGAAGAACUACACAAUCCAUGGUUGGGAGCUCGGAAAUGAAUUGAGUGGAAAUGGAGUUGGAACAAGAAUUUCAGCAGAUCAGUACGCUUCUGAUACAUAUGCUCUUCAGAACAUGGUCCGAAGUAUCUAUCAGGGUAUCGAACCGAAGCCGUUAAUCAUAGCACCUGGAGGAUUUUUUGACGAAAAUUGGUUCAAAGAUUUCAUUGACAAAACAAYUCAAUCUGCAGAUGUUAUCACACACCAUAUAUACAAUCUUGGACCAGGAGUUGAUGAGCAUCUUGUAGAAAGGAUUCUCGACCCGUCCUAUCUCGAUGGGAUGGUCGAUACAUUUUACAGGCUUCAUGAGAUCCUUAAAAGCUCUCCAACUUCAGCUAAACCAUGGGUUGGCGAAGCUGGAGGAGCGUACAACAGUGGCCAUAAUCUGGUCACAAAUGCAUUCGUUUUUAGUUUCUGGUACUUGGAUCAGCUAGGUAUGUCAGCUGCUUUCGACACGAAAACGUACUGCAGGCAAACAUUGAUCGGUGGAAACUAUGGUUUACUAAACACAACUACUUUUGAACCAAAUCCAGACUACUACAGUGCACUCCUAUGGCAUCGCUUGAUGGGAAGAAACGUACUGGCCACAAGCUUCGUCGGGAUGAAGAAAAUACGAGCCUAUGCACACUGUUCUAAGCAAUCUAAAGGAAUCACAUUACUAUUGCUCAACCUAGAUAGCAACACAACAGUACGUGCUGGGAUCACAUUCAACAGAACCCAAGGGUCGCACCAUAGACACAGAUCCUAUAACCAUAAACCAAAGGUUAUUCAGCUACCUCGACCUCAUGGUUUCGGAAGCGAAGCCUUCAGAGAGGAAUAUCAUUUAACAGCCAAGGAUGGUAACCUACAUAGUCAAACUGUGCUGCUAAACGGAAAGAUUUUGUCUGUAAAUUCAGCAGGGAACAUACCUUCAUUGGAACCUCAGUAUGUAAAUUCAUCUGAACCAAUAAUGGUGAAUCCCUUCUCAAUUGUAUUCAUUCACAUACCAAAUAUUGUUCUCCCUGCUUGCAGAUAGAUGGCAACCGCAUGGAACUGAAAAUCAGUUCCAGAUUUGUGAUUUUCUAAUAAAAGGAAACAAUUGUAAUUUUUGGUUCA